AUGUUGAAUCAUGUUCUGAUCGUGUGGGAUACAGAUCCAAGGUUUUUGACACAGAGUGUAGUGGGUUGUCAGCACUUGUUCAAUGUCCCUGGUGCGGCAAUCUUCGCAUUCAUCUUUUCCAGUUCGACAAUUUCCAUGCACAACAUCAUUCACUGUUUUCUUGUCGCGUGGAUUGUCGGCCAUGUUAUUCACUACACAUCGAUUCAGUUCCACAGCUUGCCCGGGAUGAAGAACAUCAUAGAAGUAUGGCAUGAUCCCUUGGAAUGUCAUGGCUCCAUAAAAGGGACCAACAAUGCCACCCCAUCCACCACUGGAUCGAAAGUCUCCUUUUAG